UCCCAUCAUUUGCCAGCAAAGCAAAUAAUAAUAGACUUGUAAGCUUUUUCCAAUCUCCACUCACUAUAUAACAAAGUAAUCUUGAGGAGAGAAACCAAACCACGAGUAAAAAGAAAGAAGGUUUUUUUAGUAUAGUUAACAGCAUGGAGAGGGAGGAAGAUGUUAAGGUUGGAGCACAGAAAUUCUCGGAGAGGCAAGCACUGGGUACAGGAGCUAAGAGUGACAAGGACUACAAGGAGGCACCACCAGCACCCUUGUUUGAGCCAGGGGAGUUAAAGUCAUGGUCUUUUUACAGAGCUGGGAUCGCAGAGUUUGUGGCCACAUUCUUGUUCCUCUACAUCACUGUCUUGACUGUCAUGGGUGUCAACAGGGCACCCAACAAGUGCUCUUCUGUUGGCAUUCAAGGAAUUGCAUGGGCUUUUGGUGGCAUGAUCUUUGCCCUUGUCUACUGCACUGCUGGAAUAUCAGGUGGGCACAUAAAUCCGGCAGUGACGUUCGGUUUGUUUCUGGCUAGGAAGCUGUCCCUGACGAGAGCGGUGUUCUACAUUGUGAUGCAGUGUCUUGGAGCUAUCUGUGGUGCUGGUGUGGUCAAGGGGUUUGAGGGGAAUGCAAGGUAUGAGUUGUUCAAAGGUGGAGCGAAUUUUGUGAGCCAUGGAUACACCAAGGGUGAUGGCCUUGGAGCUGAGAUUGUUGGCACCUUUAUUCUUGUUUACACCGUCUUCUCCGCCACUGAUGCCAAGAGAAACGCUAGAGACUCUCACGUUCCGAUUUUGGCCCCUCUUCCAAUCGGGUUUGCUGUGUUUUUGGUCCACUUGGCUACCAUUCCUAUCACAGGAACUGGCAUUAACCCAGCUAGGAGUCUUGGUGCUGCUAUAAUAUACAACCGAGACCAUGCUUGGGAUGACCAUUGGAUUUUCUGGGUUGGACCUUUCAUUGGAGCUGCCCUUGCUGCUGUAUAUCACCAGAUAGUGAUCCGAGCAAUUCCUUUCAAGACAAGGGGUUAACCAAUCCUUCAUCCAUCUCUGUGUUUGAAUUAUCUACCUAGUGGGGGCCUUUUUGUAUGUUUGCCCAAUUCAUAUGGAAUAUCUUUUUGUUUAAAAUCCAUCAUGUGUGUAAAUUAUGACCUUAAUUACUACCUACUUGUUUGUGAACUCGAUAGAUUGUGGAGAUUUUUGCCUGCUGUUAUGCGCCUUAUGCAUAGUGCUUGUUAAUUUUUUUUUAA